CAGUCAGUCACCGCUCCCCGUCUGUCUGCGUAUCAUCUAUCUGGCAUCUGACUCCAGCUGGAAUGCUCCCGUCUCUUGCUCCUGCUCAGCCGGCAGCCACUGUGAGGGGUCUCCCUCCGUCUCGCUCACGAUCUUCUCCAGCUCACGCCGCCGCCUGUUGCGGGUCUGACGGAUCCUAUACUCCUUUAUCCUCGACCGCUGCCGCAUCGUCAGCCUCACGGCACGACCACCAACACUCGCACUCGCCUCGCCGUCUGUCUCCUCGCCGUCCUCAUCCCAUGUGCUCGCGUCAUCGUCUUCUUGGGUGCUGUCGCUCUCUCCCUCUCUGUGCCGCCUCUCCUCGAUAUUGCGUGACUCUUUCCUUGUCCAGAUGGGCGGCAGCUGCUCGGCCAUCGUGACACGGGCCUCAUCCAGCGGUGUCUCGGGGUAGAGGCCCUCGGUCGGAGGGGUGGGGGUGGGGGUCACAUCCGCAGUCGCUGCUGUUGUGUGGUCGGGCAUGAACAGGUGGAAGGCCUGGCUCUCCUCAGAGGGUCGCCUCCCUGCCCUCCUGCCGCCCCUCCUCCGGCCACCAGCGACCAUGACGGUGCUCCCCGCAGCCUGCGUGUCGCCACCUGUGGGGGCAGUGUUGGCGUUGUCCGCCUCAUUCGCAUAGCGAACCGUCACCAGCUGCGGGAAGAACCCCUCGAUCGGCGGCGGCUGUCCCAAUGCUGGCUGAGCAUCGUGUGUGACAGCGGAUGGUGACUGGCCUCGGCUUCUCUCAGUCUCGGUGUGUCUGGGGACGUCUUCGUGUGUGGCCUUGGGGUGCUGAUGUUGCUGCGAGGAGGGCUGUUCGGGUGAGGGGUGAGGGCGGGGCUGUUUAUGCAGCAGUAGCUCCAGUGUGGCCUCAUUGAUGCCAACGGAGUGCAGCCGCUCGCUGAGGAACGUUGCCCGCUCCUCAAUCGUCGGCAGAGUCUUCCACGCAUCCCACCACAAGUUGACGGCCUUGACGCCUGCACCCACACGCGGAUACGCAGCCCAUUUCAAUGUGGCCUGAUUGUCCGUUGGCCCGCGGCUGCUUACCUUUUUUGCUGAGGUAUCGAUGUCUCAUGAUGCUGUUCCCGAGCGGCUGCUGCGUGCCGUGGUGCACCGACAUGGCCGUGUGGCACAGGAUGGCCACUGUGUGUGUAGAUGAGUGGCCCAGGGGGAUGGUCAGAGCCACGUCCAGCAGAUAGCCGUCGUAGUCGUGACAACACCGCACAUAGCUGCCCAGACCCAGCAACUCAAGAGCUGACCACGGGGAGAGGAGCAUCGUCCGCCACUCUUCGUGUGGUUCUCUCUCUCUCUCUCUCUCUGUCUGUGUGUGUGUGUGUGUGUGUCUUUGUACCUUGUGCGACGUCUUCGGCGAAUCGUUGUGGAAACUCGAUCAUCUGCAGAUCCCAAAAAUCGCCGCGGACGUAGUUCUUCCACCGCUCAAGGGCCGUAGAGUUGAGUGACGUCACAGCUGACAAAAGCACACACGACCGACACACAGACACACCUGUGACCUGUGUGUCGUGUGUGCGUGAGUGAGAGCCCGCCCACAUACCUACCGAGGGAUAGGUCACUGAGUGCGGGGAAGAGCAGGGCGCACCGGGGGUCGCCGGCCAGCUGUGACGGCUGGAUGAGGGACAGCAGAGUCUCCCAGAACUGACGGUCGUAGUAGCGGGCAACCGCAUAGGCCCAGCAGAUGUCACACACACCGUGCGCAGUGUGCUGCUUGAGCCGCUCAAGGAUGUCCACUUGAAAGACGGAGAAGAUCUUGUCACCCGCACGGACCGUCGCUGCAUACAAACAUACGAUAGAUACACCCAGCAAGCAAACACACGUCACACAUGUGUUCGUGCGCCACAUCGGUGUGCGCACAUUUCUGACCGAAUGCGAGCAGCAGUCUGGCGAUCUGGUCAGCCGAGAAGUCGUUGGCCAGGUUGAGUGCCGCCUGCUGCAGCACGCCGUAAAGCUGAGGGGACCCGCUGCGCACCGUCGAAUACGCCGUCGCCUGCAAUGAGUUCGUCGAAGGGCCAUUGGUGCCAUAUAUUCUUCGCCCUCGACAUCAUUCUGACCGUGGAGGUGAUGUCGAGGGCUUCGAAUCUGUUGAUUGUCUUGACAAUCGUCCCUGAUAGAUGCACAUAGAUACCCGAUAGGAGGUGCCCACACCUCACCUUCGACACUCUCACCUUCCACAACAUCGAAGAAGGACGUAUCAACUCGCCACUGAUCGUCCUGAAAGGGAAGAACACAUUUCACUGCUGCCCCCCUGCCAGCAUGUCUGCUGCCCGAGGGUACCAGUGUCCUUCCCAGCGUGUUUGCGAACGCCAGCAGUGUGUUGGAGAGCCCCUGUGGGGUCAUCUUCGGAUGCAGUUUGAGCGCCCGCUCCCUCAGGGCGUACCACAAAGGCGCGCUGCCAAUGUCCACACGGCUGAAGCACGGCCGGCACAGCACACGUGUUCCAUUACCGGAGAAAAGCGUGUUUCCGUGAUGUGUUGUUACCUGUAUGCCCACACGAGCAGCGCGACUUCUUGCGCGUUGCAGAAGUGGAUGUCCUUCAGCACCUUGGCUGCACGGUGGGAGGGCACAUUCCAUUCACAACAAACACAUCGAUAUGGAGAUGAAAGAAGAGCUGUCUGCCGACUAACCCUCGGCCUUUUCGAAGAGCUCCACGUUGCUGCCGGGCUGAACGACAGCGAAAAGAGGCCAGCCAUGCCAUACGUAUGGGGGCUUGCUCAGCUCAGGCGCUCACUCCACUCACCUGCCUCUUUGCCACGGCCCACAGGAUGCGCACCACCCCUACAAACACACCCUCCGUAUGCAGUGAGUGCAUGUGUACAUGUGUGUGCUCAUAUGUGUGCUGCACGUGCGCACGUGUACAUGUGAUUUGCGCCUCGUCCAUGACGCCCGGCUCCAGGUACCUCCUGGCCACCUCGUCAUAGAAACUGUCCGGCGCCGCGUUCUCCAGCCGACAGUAGGACGACACUACCAGUGAGAGCUGUUCUGCAUGAGAAGACAUAGACACACGUGGACAUUCGUAUCUCCACCCAUCCAUCCAUCCAUCUGUGGAGCUAGGUAGCUUGGCUAACUUGGUGUGAAGGUGCUGAGCUGCUCCAUGACAUAAGGGACGGCAUCUGCACGCACACAAUGCAAUGCAAUGCAAUCCAGCACCUACCCACAAUCGGCAGCCACCCACUCGCUCCUAUCCACCCGCCCCACCUUGCAGGAACUGUCUGGGCAUGAACUUGCUCUUGGAGAAGCUCUCACACAGCGACGCCAUGCUGCGGCAGUCCAGCGCGCCCAUCUUCUGCUGCAAAAUGUGAAACGCCUCCCGACACAAAGCGGCCGAGGCCACAUGUCGCUUCAGCCGCCGAUAGGGGCCCUUCUCCUCCUGCCACGGCGGCGUGUUGCCUCUCGGCGAGGCGUGGGUCAUGUAGGCGUGCAGGGUCGAGGCCACUUCGGGAGGCGUCAUGCGCGGGAGCUCGCGAAGCACGAAGGGCUCGCAGGACGUGAGGAAGCCACGGUCAACCUGAAGGACGGCAGAAAGGGGCGUCUCUGUGCUUCGGCUGGUGGACAUGAAGUCACCUCGAGGUAGCCGAUGUCAUUGAGUCCCGCCAGGAGGCCCGCGAGAUCGGGUGCGGCGAAUCUGUCCAGCCGCCUGACGGUGUCCUGCAGCAGCUUCAGAAACGCGGCCUGGUUGAACAGCUUCUUCCUCAACCGGUGCCACGCCCUCGUCUGAUGCCGAUGCGGGCACUGCUCGUUGACCCGUUUCGCCAUCUGCACCACCAGGUAGUGGUAGUCGACAGGCUUCAGCUGCUCGCGCCUCUCCGUGAAGAACAGCAGGAUCUCCUCGAGCGAGCCCAGCCGCUCAAUCAGGGGCAGCAGCUUGGACAUCGCGUUGAAGUGGUUGACCCUCUGGAUGCGGUCCGCCAGCCUUGGCGCACGGCCCUCCUUUGGAUCUGUUGGCGUCGAGUGCUCGUCAACCAGCCGCGGACCGAUCUUGCGGCCUUCUUGCACCGACUCGAUGGGCGGCAGCAGGGCUGGCCGCACGUUGAGGUAGCUUCGGCAGUGCUGAUGAUGAACCAUCGAUGGGGAGGGGACGAGGGAGCAGGCAGGGCGAUGCAGGCGACGAAAAGCACGCUCCGGCAGCAUCAUGGAGAGGCGGAUCUGACUCACUGACUCAUGAUUUGUUUCCUCCAGCACCUCGCCAUCAUCUUCAGCUUCAGAGCCAUCCCCAAGGCGUCCUUUGUCG